CAAAGCCCUGCAGUGUCUAUUUAUGUAUGCACACACCACACAGUACUGCUACUCUAUAAUCCUGUGAUCCCUUCCCAUCAUCACCAAGAUCGAUCUUUCUCCUUCUUGCUCUUGUUUCCGUGCAUUGCAAGGAGUUGGUUUUAUACCUGUGCAAGAAGAGGAUGCAAGAGGCUUCUUCGUCUUCACUUCCGGCGCUGAGCACCGCCUACCAGCCUCUACCGUCUCUCUACUUGGGGUUCGUGGCCAUAUGGGCGGCGUCGGGACUCUCCUGGGCCUUCAGCUCCUGGAGGAAUCGGCACUUCCAGGCAAAUAACCUGCAGUGGAUUCUGGCUUUGGUCCCCUUGAUCAAAGCUCUGCAAAUGGCACUCUCAUUUCUCUUCUGGUACUCUUGUGUAAACCUUCAGACAUGCUCGCUGUGGAUGUCGUUCGGUGUGUACGUGACGGGGAUUCUCUUCCAGACUGCCUCCUUCGUGUCCUUCAUGCUCAUCUCGCACGGCUACUGCAUCAUGUACGAGCGCCUCUCAAUCAAGGAGAGGCGCACAACUGCGGGUCUCGGAUGCCUCCUGUACCUCAGCCUCAUCGGCUACAAGGCAGCAGUUCCUUAUUUCACUGUGUUUCUUUUGAUCAACUACUUCGCGUCAUUUUACAUCAUAUUCCGAAGGACGUCCCAAUGCCUGCUGGUCCUACGUGAACAGCUGAAUUUCGUGGAGGAGGAAGACAUCCAUUCACUGCACGGGACACUCAACACGAAGUACACAAUGUUCAAGAGAUUUCAGGGUACAAUGCAGGUGGCAGCAGUGGCAUUCAUCAUGGUGUACAUGAGGGCUGAUGAUACGCCAGAUAACUACUGGUUCCGGGUGUUGGUGCGUGAGUGGGUGCAGUUCUGCAUCUUCAUGUAUAUCGGGUGGAACUUCAGAAUCCCUGAGGCAUCGCUCAAUCUGCCGGUCAUGCCCUUGAUGAAAUCAAACUGGGAGAUCACAAUGCCUCCCAUUUACAGCGUGGAAAUGGAUGCAGCUGAUUUCAGAGGCCUCGUCUCAGAUCAAUGGCAUGUGGGAGUGCUCGCGACACUGCAGAGGAGUGCUCAUGAUGACUCAUGUUGUUCUUCACAACCGCUGCUGGUGCUAGUUCAGAAUCCUAGCCCAAAGAUUUCUGGUGCCACCACAGCUUGAGGUUUCAGUUGAACGAGGACAAAUCAGGUUCAUUUCAGAGACCGGGAGAUCCAGAGGAUGACAUCAACCAACUGCCUGAGCCGGAAACCGGCGCAGGAAUAGUUUACUCGAAACAAAGAAAUGUUGGACAGAUAUAGUAGCUUCAGUGCUUCACCCCAUUUGGGCAAAUUGUUAGCACUAGGAAAGAAUCUGCAGUUUUCUGUGGAUUGACAAACAGAGAUGUGUCCAUUCAUACAGCAGUGAAUCUACCUUUUUUGAUCUCAGAC